GGUCGGAUCAGAUUUUGUUGUAGCUACCUGGGAGCAGACCGGGCACACCUGGAAGUUCACCGCGCGCCUUCUUUCGGCCUUAACACGACUCUUCCUCUCGGUUUCACUUUCCUCCAACACAUUAAAAAAUAAAACAGGAGCGAGACUGAAGACUUAGUCAGCGGAUAAAUAAUUAACCUGACAAGUCAAAGCGCAGUUUACAGGACAGCUGACAUGACGAGCUGAGGAGUGUCGCUACCGCCCGCCUGUGCGCCGAGACAACAGGCCUACAGGUGUUUGAGUAUUUGUGAUUUUUGUGGACUCUUGACCUGGAUACACUGGACUGGAAGCAUGCUGGGAGCGGAGAGCAGGCUGGAGAGCCGGCUGAAGAAGCUGGAGUCCCUUAUGAAGACUCCACAGUCGGCUCUGAACUUUCAAACACUACUGGAUUCCAUGAACGCGUUGGCUCAUGAUUUGAACUAUCCAGCCUUGAGGAAAAACAAAAACAUAGACGCCUUUCUGAACCGAUAUGAAAAGGCGGUGAGUCAGCUGAGGGAGCUGCAGGUGAAACCGGACGACUUUGAAAAAGUGAAGCUGAUCGGUAGAGGAGCAUACGGAGAAGUACAGCUGGUCCGUCACAAAACCUCUCAGAAGGUUUAUGCCAUGAAGCAGCUUAACAAGUUUGAGAUGAUCAAGCGGUCAGAUUCGGCCUUCUUCUGGGAGGAGAGAUACAUCAUGGCCUUCUCCAACAGUCCCUGGGUCAUCCAGCUUUGCUGUGCUUUCCAAGACAUCCGCCACCUCUACAUGGUGAUGGAGUACAUGCCUGGAGGCGACCUGGUCACGCUCACCAUGAACUACGACAUACCGGAGAAGUGGGCUCGCUUUUACACAGCUGAGGUGGUGCUGGCGCUGGACGCCAUCCACUCCAUGGGCUUCAUCCACCGUGAUGUGAAGCCUGACAACAUGCUGCUAGACCAACAAGGACACCUCAAACUGGCCGAUUUUGGCACUUGUAUGAAGAUGGACUCAACAGGUAUGGUUCACUGUGACACAGCUGUGGGCACACCGGACUACAUCUCCCCCGAGGUGCUGCAGUCUCAGGGUGGUGACGGUUACUACGGCCGAGAGUGUGACUGGUGGGCCGUUGGAGUUUUUAUUUAUGAGUUAUUUGUCGGUGAGACUCCUUUCUAUGCCGAAUCCCUGGUUGGGACUUAUGGGAAGAUCAUGAACCAUAAGAACUCACUCUUUUUCCCCGACGAUGUGGAGAUGUCUAAACAUGCCAAAGACCUCAUCUGUGCCUUCCUGACUGACAGGGAAGUUCGUCUGGGCCGUUCAGGAGUGGAAGAGAUUAAAAGUCACCCAUUCUUCAAGAAUGACCAGUGGACCUUUGACAACAUCAGAGAAACUGUUGCUCCAGUCGUGCCCGAGCUGAGCAGUGACAUAGACACGAGUAACUUUGACGACAUAGAGGAGGAUAAAAAAAAUGCUGAGACCUUUACUCCACCCAAAGCCUUUGUGGGCAACCAGCUUCCAUUUGUCGGCUUUACUUACUUCAAAGAGGACCAGCUGUUGAAGGAAGACAACAACAGCUCUGUGGAGGAUUCAGAGGAGAGUAAGGAAAGCUCUGAGGAUAAAGAGAAAAGAUCAGAAAGCAAGAAAGAGCUGCAGAAAAAGCUUCAUCAGCUGGAGGAAAAGCUUGACCAUGAGAUGCAGGCCAAGGAUGAGCUGGAGCAGAAGUGCAAGAAUGCCACCAACCAUUUAGACAAGCUGGUCAAAGAUCUAGAUAAGGAGAUGAACAGCAGGCAGAAAGUGGAGGCCUCACUCAGGCAGCUGGAGAGAGAGCGAGCUCUUCUGCAGCACCAGAGCAGCGAAAACCUUCGCAAAGUGGAGAUUGAAAUGGACAGGAAGCGCAGCCUGGAGAACGAAUUGAACAACCUUAGGGACCAGCUGGAGGAUCUCAGAAAGAAGAACCAGAAUUCUCAGAUUUCCAAUGAGAAGAACAUUCAGCUGCAGAAACAACUCGAGGAGGCCAACGCCGUCCUGCAGGAUGAGCAGGAGGCGUCGGCGCGGCUGAAAAAGAGUCAGACUGAGGCGCAGAAACAGACUCAGAACCUGGAGGUCAGCCUCAGGGAGAUGCAGGAAACAAACAACCAGCUGGAAAACGGCAAGAUGGAGCUGGAGAAGCAGCUGAGGGGGCUGCAGGCCGAGCUGGAGGAGGAGAGGAGAGAUCGUAGCCUCCGGGCUGAAACGAUUACUGACCUGCAGGGGCAAGUCUCUGGCCUGAAGGAAGAAGUGAAAGAGAGGAAGGACUCUCUCUCCAAAGUGAAGAGUGAGAAGAAGAAGCUGCAGGAGAAGCUCAAUGACCUCGAGAAGGAGAAGAGUAAUCAAGAGAUCGACUUGACUUUCAAGCUUAAGUCGCUGCAGCAGAGUUUGGAGCAGGAGGAAGCAGAACACAAGGCCACCAGAGCCAAGCUGGCAGAUAAAAACAACAUUAACCAGUCCAUCGAGGAGGCAAAAUCCGAGGCUUUAAAAGCGAUGGAGAGCACCCUGCAGGAGGAACGCAGCUUGAAGCUGCAGGUGGAGGGAAAGCUGCUGCAGCUAGAGAAAGAUUACUCCAUGCUGGACUGUGACUACAAGCAGGCGCAGCAAAAACUGGACGAGCUGCGGACACAGAAGGAGAAACUUUCUGAGGAGGUGAAGAACGUGAGCUCGCGUCUGGAGCAGGAGAUCCACAAGCGCAGUCUGAGUCAGAGCGAGCUGAAGAUGCAGAACCAGCAGGUGUCAGUGCUCCGCUCCUCAGAAAAACAGCUCAAACAAGAGCUCAACCACCUGCUGGACAUGACGCAAGUCCUGGAGAAGCAGAACCAGGAGCUGCGCAGGGAGAAGCAGGAGGCGGGCGGCCAGCUGAAAGAACUGAAGGACCAACUGGAGGCAGAGCAGUAUUUCACGACCCUUUACAAGACGCAAAUACGAGAGCUGAAGGACGAGUGCGAUGAGAAGAAUAAGCUGUACAAAGAGGCGCAGCAACGUCUGGCAGAGUAUGAGGAGGAGAGGGACUCCCUGACAGCUCAGCUGGAGGCCAGUCUGACCAAAGCGGACUCAGAGUAUCUGGCUCGCUCCAUCGCUGAGGAGCAGUACUCGGCCCUGGAGAAGGAGAAGAUCAUGAAGGAGCUGGAGAUCAAAGACAUGAUGGCGAGACACAAACAGGAGCUCGGUGACAAGGAAGCCACCAUCAGCUCGCUCGAAGAGUCCAACCGUACUCUGACGGUGGAUGUGGCAAACCUGGCGAGUGAGAAAGAGGAGCUUAACAACCAGCUGAAGGAGCUGCAGCAGCAACUCCAGAAAGCAAAGGAGGAGGAAAAGAAGUUAAGCUCGCUCAAAGUAAGCUUUGAAAAGCAGCUGCAGAAUGAAAGGACGCUGAAAAUUCAGGCUGUCAACAAGCUGCACGAGGUGAUGAACAGGAGGGAGACGAUGAGAGGAGGCCACCGGGGCACCAACACAGAAGUGCACAGGAAGGAGAAGGAGAACAGGAAGCUACAGCUGGAGCUGUCGGCCGAAAAGGAGAAACUGAACAGCGCCAUCGUCAAAUUCCAGAGAGAAAUGGCAGAGAUGCAGGCGGUGAUAGCAGAGGAGAACCAGGUGCGUCUCGAGCUUCAGAUGGCGUUGGACAGCAAAGACAGUGACAUCGAGCAGCUUCGUUGCCAGAUCUCCUCCCUGAGCAUCCACUCUCUGGACUCCACCAGCAUCAGCAGCGGCAACGAGCUGGACAUGGGUGAAGGAUACCCAGUGCGCAUUACUCACUCCCACACCUCUGAAUCAAUGUCCUUCACCUACCAGCGCACGCACAAAUCUGUCUGCAUCGAUACGCGGCCCAACCUUCACUCUGCUCACUCUCUCUUUGACUCUGACUCUGACUCUGAGGAUGAUGAUGAACAUGAUGGGCGGGUGGAGCAGGGACCCCGUCCCCUAGCUCUCACCUACGAUCAGCCCACAGAGGAUGAACCUGCAGACUCCAGGCUAGAAGGCUGGAUUUCACUUCCUUCCAAGAGCACAAAGCGCUUUGGCUGGGACAGAAAGUAUAUAGUUGUGAGCAGUAAGAAGAUCCUGUUCUACGACAACGAGCAGGACCGAGAGCAGGCCAGCCCUUUCAUGACCCUAGACAUCGAUAAACUGUUCCACGUCCGAUCUGUCACUCAGACUGAUGUGUACCGUGCAGACGCCAGUGAGAUUCCAAGGAUAUUCCAGAUCCUGUAUGCCAAUGAAGGCGAGAGUAAGCGUGACCAGGACGUUGUAGUAGAGCCGGCACCGUUUGGGGAUCAAUCCUCUUUCAUCAGCCACAAGGGCCAUGAGUUUAUCCCCACUCUCUACCACUUCCCUUCUAGCUGUGUGGCCUGCCCUCGACCCCUGUGGCAUGUUUUUAAACCCCCGCCGGCACUUGAGUGUCGUCGCUGCCGCACAAAGUGCCACAAAGACCACCUGGACAAAAAAGAGGAAGUCAUUGUGCCUUGCAAAGUGAAUUACGACAUGUCCACGGCCAAAGAGCUGCUCCUGCUGGCAAGCUCUCAGAGGGAGCAGCAGCACUGGGUCAGCCACCUUCUCAAACGCAUCCCAAGGAAACACCCGACUAUGAGUCCGCCCUCCGCUGCUACUAGCACCCCUCCUGAAGCAAUUCCAAGGUCCUCUCCCCGGAAUUCUCCACGACCUUCCCCUCGGAGUUCACCUCACCUAUCUCCCCACCGUGGAGCCAUGAAGAUUCAGUCCACCAGACAACCGCAUUCAUCAGGAAAGGGCAGAUUGCUUGAUUUUGGCCUGAAAGACUGGAGUUGGUCGUUGGAUGAUGUCGAUAAUGAUGAUGAUGAUGAUUUAUUCUUCUGAAGGAAGUGAAGGAGGGGGGGUCGGAGGUUAACCCCGGCUGAUCAAAGAUGUGCAUUUUCAUCUCCGUGGAUUAACGGCGGUGGUCUGGAGGCAGUGUCUACAUGUGUUGUUUCUUCAGGGAAGUAGACAGGAAAAAAAAAAAAAUGCUAAUCACAGAAACUGGCUGUCGUCAUGAGAACCAGGACUGUCUUUGUUAUUUUAACAAGAGGGAAAAUCAGCAGUAUUCAUAUUCGAGUGAGAUUUCAUUUUCAUCUUAAAAAAAAGUAAAACCUCAGCCUGACUCUCAGUGAUUAUAGCUGCCUUAUUUUAAUAUCACAGAAACAUGGAUGCUUGAUUCAACCAGCUGCAGUGACUCACGUGGAUUUGUGUGAGGUGUAAGCAUGUGUGUGAACAUUUGUAUAUAGGAUUAAGAGGUCUGUCUGUGUAUUGUAGCACAGAUACUUUAGCUCCAAUGAUUAGUUUUAUUUUUAUUGAUGCAAGUCAACAGGACAUUAUACAAAAUGCUUGUUAUGUAAAUGAAUAUGAUUUUACUGAAAGAAGGAUUUUUCACCAUCAUGACUGUUUAUUUCUUGGAAAUAUUACAACUCAUAAAGAAAAUCCAAUAAACAGACUAAAAAGAA